GCUCGCCUUGAACGGAUGUCGUGUGUGUCUCCUACGAAACUUAAAAAAUAAAAUCAAAUUAAAAACAGCUGUAAAAAAAAAACCAACAAAUCAUAUUAAGUGAGACACAAUAAAAACACGCUCGAGUUCUGCCCCAAACUCCGACUUCGUUCUCUCCUAGCAGCCGUUCUACUUACUAAUAAACAAAAACACAUCGAAGUGCAAUACAACUAAGUGAUCUCUCCUUCACUCCAACACCGUCUCUUCAAGCAAGUGAAAGACUAGCAAGUACUCUCAGUAUUUCUUCAAACGAAAAGCGAACGCAUUACAAUAAAAAUAAAAAGCACGAGCGCGCUCUCCCUCUCUCUCUCUCUUCGUUACUGUUUUGUUUAAGUAUUGUAGUGUUAACAUCGUGAUUGGCUCUUAUCACUGUUAUCAAUAAUUGCAACAACAAGCCAGCAUGACGGAGGGGAAGAACGUACCGAAUUCGAGUGCCGAUGUGCCAUUUCGCAGCAAAGAGCUGCGCAAGCAGUCCCUGAUCCAACACACAGGCCUCGUCGGUGUCAUCGAUGAGGGCACCAAGACCAUUGGCUUCUCGAUCUAUACGACGCCCGAUUUCAAGGAAAUCGCCGCACAUCGUGUGGAAUUGGGUGUAAUAUCAUCGCAGGAUGGCUGGUAUGAGCAGGAUCCGCUGGAGAUGAUGGCAUCGAUAAACAAGUGCGCCGAAGAGGCAAUUAAACAGCUUCCAGAACUUGGCUUCAGCUCCAGCGACAUUAUCACAGUCGGCAUUACCAAUCAGCGAGAGACGACUAUCGUGUGGGAUGCUGUCACCGGCAAGCCGCUCUACAAUGCCAUCGUGUGGAAGGAUAUACGCACGAGCAGCACAGUCGAACAAAUUGUGGCCAAGGUUCAGGAUCCGAACUAUUUCAAAAGGCGAACCGGACUGCCCAUCUCAACGUAUUUCUCCGCCCUGAAGAUACGCUGGCUGAAGGACAAUGUGCCCGAGGUGCGGCAAGCGUGUCGAGAGAAGCGCUGCAAGGCUGGCACAGUCGAUAGCUGGAUCAUAUGGAAUCUAACGAAUGGUGCUCUACACAUUACGGAUGUGACAAAUGCUUCACGCACGUUGCUCAUGAAUCUGGAAACCCAAAACUGGGAUCCGGUGUUGCUGAAAACCUUUGCCAUUCGGGAGGAAAUGCUGCCCAGCAUACACAGCUGCUCUGAGGUCUUUGGUAAGAUCACCUCGGAGAGGAGUGCCCUACGCGGCAUCACACUGAGCGGAAUAUUGGGCAAUCAGCAGGCCUCGCUGUUGGGGCAGAUGUGCGUCAAGCCCGGCCAGACAAAGAAUACAUAUCGUUCCGGCUGUUUUCUGCUCUGCAAUACGGGCGACAAGCCCGUCUUCUCCAGCCAUGGACUGUUGACAACGGUUGCCUAUAAACUAGGACCCCAAGCACCAACGAUAUACGCUCUGGAGGGCUCGGUCUCAGUGGCCGGCCAUGCUCUGUCCUGGCUGCAGCAGAAGGUGCGACUGCUGCCCGAUUCGCGAGAUGCUGAGAAAUAUGCCGAGGCGGUGCCCACGGCGGGUGAUGUUUACUUCGUGCCGGCGUUUACGGGUCUGUAUGCGCCCUAUUGGCGGCAGAAUGCUCGCGGCAUUAUCAUUGGAUUGACGCAGUUCACGCGAAAGAAUCAUAUUGUACGCGCAGCCCUGGAGAGCAUUUGUUUCCAGACCCGCGACAUAUUGGAGUGCAUGCAUCAGGAGUGCGGCUACGACAUAAACAAACUCCAUGCGGACGGCAAGUUGACUACAAAUAAUCUGCUGAUGCAGCUCCAAGCCGACACAGCCGGUCUGCCCCUCUUUCGGUCCCAGCUGAUGGACUCGACGGCCUUCGGAGCGGCCAUGUGUGCCGCCCAGGCCGAAGGCAUCGAUCUGUGUAAAUUUGAGCCGGAGAAGCGUUAUUACGAGAACGUCCAUUACGACACCUUUCUGCCGACCACCACGGAACAGGAGCGCGAAGAGCGGUACGGCAAGUGGAAGCGUGCCGUGGAGCGCAGCCUGGGCUGGGUCAUCAAGCAGAAGAAGACGCGCACCCACACUGAAGAGAACUAUCGCAUGUUAUCCUCACUGCCAGCGAGCAUCUUCCUUAUCAGCACUUUUGCCAUGCUCGUCCAUUCCCUAUCAGCAACUGUGAAGUCAUAAAUGACAAAAAACAAAAACAAAAUGUGUAUUUGGUUUUACAACCUUAAGACUCAUUGAAAAUGUGUGAAAAAAAACUUGGGUAUAUUGUAUUUGUGGAAAUGUUUGUGAAAGCAAGUAGAAUAAUAAUUCCAUAGAGUGUAUAUGUAUUUUAGCUUAGAGCUAAUAUGUCCGUAUGUUUGAACGCAUCAAUCUUGGCGAAUACAAAAGCUAGGGUAUAGAUAUUUGAUUUAUAAAUAAGUUUAACAUUAUUUGUCGAUAACUUAUGACAAUAACUUAAUAUUGGGUAAAAAAAAAAAAUGACUGCUCAACGAGAAUUUAAAUUAUUGUAUUAUUAUUUUUAUAAUAAUAAUAAUAUUAUGAUUAUUAAAGCUAGAGACUCAAAGUUGUAAUGCACAAUUAUGACAGAUUUAUUAGUAAUCGGAUGAUCUUCGACAUUUCCUAAUAUACACACAAACAAAUACUAAUACCCUGUAAGUCUUAAGGUAUCUGCUAGUCGAGCACUGCCGACUAUUUAGUAUGUUCUUUUAAAGCCGAUGCGAUAGCAGCUUUAGAGAGUCCCAUUAUCGGUUGUGAUAAUUAUUAUUUAAUUAGUGGAACUAACGAUCCCAUGUAUAUAACUAUGUUUGUAGCUUUUCUUUUCUGGAAUGCUUCGAAAAGUCUUCAGUAGCUUUGGCUUUAAAUUAAUAUAUAUAGCACACAUAUAUGUAAAUAGUUUGUGUUUUCACUCAUUCUCUGCCUGUUUGUGUUUAGCUAGUAAUAUGUACAUAUAUAAUUCGUGUACUUAUCUUAUCGCUCUACAAGCUGUACUAGGCGCUAGCUUCAAAUGUUUGAUAAAUCGAAAAAGUUCAUCGAUAACCCACACAAAAACCCAAAUAUUUAUAUCACCUAAUUGUACAUACAUAUAGAUAAACAUUCAUACUAUAUACAUAGAUAUAUAUUUAACCAGAGCGCAAAUGACAUUUGUAUAUUACCUAAUAUUUAAUAUGUAACUAUGUAUGAUAGACGUUUGUCUAGUUUAUAGGCUAUACAAAUAUACGAUUCAAAAUGAUAAA